AUAAUAUUUAUAACCAACACCGCACAAAAUGGAUCGAGUAAAAGAAAGAGAGCAUAGAGAGCACAGAGACAGGAGAAUCAGGAAAGAUUCCUCUGCCAAAGAUUGGGAUUUGAGAAGGAGGAGAGACUCCGACAAGCAUCACAGAGACCAUAAGUCCUCGAGAAGACAUCACUCAAAAGAACACAAGAGGGAUCGACACAGAAGAAGGAGUCGGGAUUAUUCAAGAGAGAAGAAGGAUGACAGAAGGCCAAAAAUACGUAAAUUCAGAGAUAUUUACAGUGGCUCAAGCAGCGAUAGUAACGAAAGUGAUUACAGAAAACAUAGAGAUGACCCAAAAAGGAGUCCCAGGAGGAGCCCAAAACAUUAUAGAGAUGAGCCUUAUUACCCCUAUAGCCCACAUAGCCCUUCCAGAGAAGUGAAAAAGGAAGAGAAACUAAAAUUCGAGAGAGUUGCUAAAGAGAAGAAGGUCAGCGGCACUGAAAAGAAAGCAAAAAGGUAUACUCUUAACAAAGGACUCUUAGCUAAUAUUAUUACUAAGAAUAAGGGACAGACUGAUUGAAGAUUUGGAGUCAAUAAGACAGGAUCAAAGCCAAAAUCAAAAGAGACAGCUCCAAUUGUGUCUGACCACUCCGUCAAUGGCACUAAGCAAGGUAAUGAGAUUUUGGACAAAGAUGCAUCAUAAGCCCCCUUCUGCUGCCUAUCAACUCAAAAUUCAGGUGGGCUUCUUAAGAAGAAAUAUUAAAUCUCAAUAUUU